AUGUCCAAGCCGAAGAUCAUGGGUUUAUUUCGACCUUGGAACGAUCUGGAGACAGCAAAUGAGGCGUCCGGAAUCGUUGACAAUGCACUCCGCGACGUAUCAGACAGCAGGCAGGAAGACGACGAGCAGGUCGUGUCCUCGACGACGUCGACAUCCUUGACGAGCAUCGCCGAAACGGCGUCUGACGACUGUGACGGCAAUCCCUUGGAUCAAGAAACUUCGGCCUCGACGUCGUUAACCGGUUUUCGUCGCACGCGGACACGGGGAAGCGAGUCCUUUGAUGAUGACGUAGCGAUCAGAGCUAUGUCAUCCCUCGAAGACGAGGAUGCCUUCGCGCAAGAUGUGAAGCGCAACUCACGUGUCUUCCGUUCGCAGCAACCUGCAGUGGACUCGAUGACUCCGGUGUCGCGCGCAAUUCCCACUCGGGAUUCCGACGAGUUCAACAGUGACGCUAUUUCGCCGAACUGCGUCUCAACGCUCAGGGAAUUUCGAUCAUCGGAGGAUUUUGCCUCGAUCAUCGGGGCUUAUCCGAUGAUCGCGAAUUCAGAUGUCGCGGGACCAUGGACUCUGAGCUCCGAGUCGCGCAUUCCCGACGUUCCCAGAAUACAUUCCGGUGUCUAUCCUGCGAUACAUCCCGGAUUUCAGUCCGGAAUCUACCCUGGAAUCUUUCCUCUGAACCUUUACAAUCAUUCCAUGGAGGAAGCAGUGCAAUUAGUGCAUCGGCAGGAUGCUGUCGCUAAAGAGAUGAAGAAGAUGCGCCCGAAGAAACACAACUGCCCGCACUGCAGCAUGGCAUUCAGUAACGGCGGCCAGCUUACCGGACACAUUCGCAUACAUACUGGGGAGAGGCCUUUCAAGUGUGACGUCGAGUCCUGCGGGAAACGGUUCACCAGAAAUGAGGAACUGACUCGGCACAAACGAAUUCACACGGGCGUUCGGCCUUACUCAUGCGUCUUUUGCAAGAAGCGAUUCGGACGCAAGGAUCACCUCAAGAAGCAUAUGAGGACUCACGAGGUACGCGAUUCGUAUCGCGUUUCGACAGCGGCAUUAGGCAUGAUCGCUUCUUUAAGCUAUCCGUUUCAACAAACUACCGAACUUUCGCCGUAUCUCUAUCAGAUCUGA